AUGGUAACGUUGACUAUAACACCAGGUCAAAGUCAAGAACUGUGUAAAUUACAAUAUUUACCUGCCGAUCAAAUCUUGAGUAUGCUAGAAAGUGAUAAAGCUGGUGAUUUAAUAGCAACAUUGAACAUAUUUGGUACGCCAGAUCAAAUAGAAACUUACUUAGAUUACAAUAGUACAGUGGUUAAAACAAAUGGAACAGAUUACUUUUCGUUAAAUUUUACAAAACUUUAUUUACGCUAUCCUCUUAAUUAUGAAUCGUGGGUAUCGAAUGGUUAUCCAAAUCCGUUUCGUAUCAUUGUUUCAUGUAUAAUAAAAGCAAAUCAAUCUAUUAAUAAUCUUGAUUUUCAAAUGGAAUUAAUCGACGUUAAUGAUAAUGCUCCAACAUUUAAUCAGUCGAUCUAUUCGGUUUAUCUUUUGGAAACAGCUGUUGUUAAUUCCAUCGUUUAUUCUCAAAUAUCAGCAUACGAUCUUGAUUUCGGAAUAAUCACGUAUUAUCUUAGAAAUGAUUCACAAUAUAGUUCUUAUUUUACAUUGGUCAGUUCAACAAAUGCAAGUCUAAUUUUAUUAAAACCAUUGGAUUACAAUCAAAUGAUAUCACAAUUUAAUUUGACUAUUGUUGCACAAGACAAUGGUGUGCCAUCAUUAUCAUCUCAAGCCACAAUUUAUAUUCAAUUGAUUGAUGUCGAUAAUUUAAAUCCAAUAUUUCAGUCAAAUUCAUAUAAUUUAAAUAUUUCAAUUGAUACACUAGUGAAUUCUGUUGUUACACCAAAUGAGGGAACAAUUAGUGCGUAUGAUCAAGAUAUUGGAAUUAAUGCAACAAUCAUUUAUUUUCUAGCUACAAAUACAUAUUUUGCUAUCAAUAAAUCAACUGGUAUACUUACAUUACAAAAUAGUUUUAAUUUUACAACACAAUUUGAUUUACUAUUAACGGCUCAACAAGAGAAUAAUGCGAAUCGUUCAGUUACAAUUCUAUUACAUGUGAAUGUCUAUGAAAUUAAUAUUUAUCCUCCACGAUUUGUAAAUACGCCCUAUUCAUUAGAUGGAUACACGACAAAUUCAAAAGACAAAAUUCCAUCAUUCAAUGGAACUGUUAAUGAUGCAGAUAUUAAUCCAAGAUUACAAUAUUCAACAACUUGUAGUUCAUCAAGUCUCUUGCUACAAGUGACAAAAAUAAAUCUUCGACAAUUUCAAGUUCAAACAGAAAAUCCAACAGAUUUACCUGUAUGUAGUCCAUGUUUAUGUCAAUUUAUUGUUACAGAUGGUCUAUACUUCGAUCAAACUGUAAUUACGGUAACAAUUUAUAUAUUACCAACAUUUUCUAUGAGCUCAUAUUUAUUUUCGGCUGAUUAUCCACUGAACACUACAUCAAUCGGUACUGUUCAGGCUAUUAUCGAUGGCCGAUGUCAAGUGCAAUAUUCAAUAGUCAAUAUAGAAAAUUCAUCUAUAACUAAUCAGUUCUUUACAAUAUCCUCAUCGGGUUCAUUACGCUAUUCCAGUACAACAUUUCCAACUACCGACGUUUAUCAGAUGCGCGUAAUCGCUUAUCAACUAUGUCUCAAUUCAUCGAGAACAACGACGAGUAGCGUAGAUAUUACUAUUACCGUUAAAAAUUUUCCUACGGCAAGCACACAAUCACCUGUAACAACUACAACAAAAACGGAUCAAAGUACAUUGUAUGCAAUUAUUGCAUCCGUCAUCGGAUUCAUAUUUAUUGUGCUAGCAUCAAUGAUUAUCAUUAUCUAUUAUAAAAUACAACGGGCUAGAAGACGAGUACCACCAUUUUUCACACAAAAACCACGUUCGCAAGCACAAGGGCUAUUUUUUAAAUCAAAAACACCUUUGGAUGAACAACAAACAUCACCAUACACACUAGACGUUAGAGAUGAUUCAAGUUCAGGAACGCCACGUAUCUUUCAUCAUUCUUCGUCUAAUGAUGAAAAUGGUCACCAACGUCUACUCUCUGGUCGUUAUAAAGUUAAUGAGCCUCCUCUGUUACCUUCAUCAUAUUCUUCCCAUUAUCACACAACUCGUGCUUCAACCCUCGAAGAUUUAUUAUCGUCGUAUGAUAAUCGUUCAUCAACACCAGAAUCAAAUUCAUCAGUUGAAACAUCAACAAUUGCACACCGACCCGGCUCAUUUCGAACAACAUUAUCCAUUCGUGAGCCGGAUUUUAAUUUUGGUAACGAUCAUCAACAACACCAAAUAUCAUCACCGACAAUCUUAGGCACAAUUAAUGAAGAUACAGGUUUAAAUCAACAAAAUAAUCAACAUCACAGAAUUCAUCGACCGUUGAGACCAACGGAAGAUAGUAUGGAUAUAAUUAGCGAAUCUCAUGAGUCAUCAAUUAGUGCUGGCACACAAUCGGCUCAAGCAGUGAUUUUACAUCGAGAUGUAAACGAUUAUCUUACAGUAUUCGUUUAA